AUGGGAGCGCCGGAGAAAUCACCAAGUACGAACAAUUCGAUGCAGCGUGUUAAGGUCUACCAACUGAAUGAAGAUGGGAAAUGGGAUGACCAAGGAACUGGGCAUGUCACUGUUGAUUAUUUAGAGAAAUCUGAAGAACUAGGUUUGUUUGUUAUUGAUGAAGAUGACAAUGAAACAUUACUUUUGCACCGAAUCAGCUCAGAUGAUAUCUAUAGGAAGCAAGAAGAUACCAUUAUUUCUUGGAGAGAUCCAGAGUAUGCAACGGAAUUAGCUCUUAGCUUUCAAGAGACUAAUGGGUGCUCUUACAUAUGGGAAAACAUUUGCCGUGUGCAAAGGAAUAUGCAUUUCAGUACCCCUACCAAUGAGACAUAUCAUAGUGUCAAUAGUGAGUUGAGAGAAUUGCCCGCAGUUGAGCUAUCUACACUUCCUUUAAUACUCAAGACUGUGGCUGAGGGUGGCAUUGCUGAUCAGUUGCUUGUGACAGAACUCAUACUGCAUGAUCAAGAUUUUUUUCGGAAGCUGAUGGACCUGUUUGGGAUCUGUGAAGAUUUGGAAAAUAUGGAUGGUCUUCACACGAUUUUCAAAAUAGUCAGGGGGAUCAUUUUUCUCAAUAGUCCUCAAAUUUUUGAGAAAAUAUUUGGGGAUGAAUUGAUCAUGGAUGUUAUUGGAUGCCUUGAAUAUGAUCCUGAUGUACCUCAUGUGCAUCAUCGCAAUUUUCUAAGAGAACAUGUGGUGUUUAAGGAGGCUAUACCCAUUAAAGAUCCUGUAGUUCUCUCGAAGAUUCACCAGACUUACAGAGUUAGUUAUCUGAAGGAUGUUGUUUUGCCUAGAGUAUUGGAUGAUGCCACUGUUGCAAAUCUCAAUUCCAUAAUAUAUGCAAAUAAUGCACAUGUCAUUUCUUUGUUAAAAGAUGACAGCACAUUCAUUCAGGAAAUGUUUGCAAGAUUGAAAUCAUCUACAAUUUCCGCUGAAUCUAAGCAAAAUUUGGUAAAUGGUCAUUCUUCACUCUCUUAUCUUAGUUAAAGUCAUGAAUUUUCUUGUUAGGUUGCAAUCUGAGGGACAUUUCUCUUCCUUCGAUUAGGUGUUUUCUUUUAUAUGUAAUGAUGUUGAAUGAUUGGAGAGAUGGACAUCUCUUUCAAUUUUUGGUAGCGAGGUCCGAGUCAAAAUCACUCUCCAGCAUGAAAUUUCAUUUCUUAGUGCCAGGAUAUAAAUGCUGAUGAAUUUAAAUGACUGUUACCUGGAAAUUGCUCUUUAUGGUUUUGGCAUAAUGUAUGUCAUAAAUAAU